AUGGAUAUUGAUCAUAUAGAUCUGUCUCCUAACGGGGAUGCGGCAUCGAGCGACGAUGACACAAUCAAGGGAGAUGGAGACGGAAACCAAAUAGCCGAAAUUAUCGAAGAAGAACGGCAAGAUAUUGUAUCUGAGAAACCUAUUGAGACUGGGACUAUCGCGAACCGGUACCAACAAUUAUUAAGGGACCGCGACGAUGCUUCUGAGGAGGGGUCUAAUGAGGGUAUACCCCGAAGGGCUGGAAGUCCAAUCGACUCGUUGCUCUCCGUGCCGGACGACUCACCUUCCAUUCAGGGCUCCUUGAUAUCUUCCCCUGGAAGUAGUAGAGUCCCGUCUCUUGCUUCGCGACCUGGGCUUAGCAGUCCUACGCCCUCUUUCAGGCCAUUUGACCGACGGUUCCAAUCCCGUAUAUCAUCUCCUUCCGCGCUAACUCCACGGCCAUCGUCACCUUCCUUUCUUUCUGGACACAGCAGACAAGUGUCCAUUAGCAGUCAAUUCUUAUUCGAUCCUGGCGAGACCGAAACCCCCUCGCCGCCGUGGGAAGUUGUACGAUGGACGAAACUGAAAAAGUUGAACGGGCAAGCCUUCUCUGAAGCUGGAAAGCGCAAUUUUGGUUCUCCUACUUGUUUAGCCAUUUCUGCUUCCAUUGUCUUGGGAACAUCCAAGGGCAUAAUCCUAAUGUUUGAUUACAACCAAAAUUUAAAAAUGAUUAUUGGUCCAGGCACAAAAGCCGUCGAAUCGGGGCCUAUUACUGCAAUCGCUAUAUCCGCAGACUAUACCACUAUAGCUGGCGGACACGCGACAGGAAACAUAUUCACUUGGGAUACGAGCCGGGUCUCUCGGCCGUUCCUACAUAUUCCGCCCCUUGAUGCGCUUCAGCUACAAAACCGGACGAUGGAUGGCCACAUGCCGAACGUGUCAGUAAUUCAUCUAGGAUUCCUAGGUACUAGACAUACUGCCUUAGUUUCUGCCGAUGAUCAUGGCAUGGCCUUCUCUCAUCUUGCUACCCGGGGUACGGGUGCCCUCGGGCGAACAGUCAAGACGGUCCGGAUACUUGGCCGAUACCCUGAUGCUCCUCCUCCCUCUUCAGGCAAACCCCUUAAACCCAGCACUGUGCUCGCAUUUUCCCCGUUACCACUCGGAAAUAUAGAGCGAGCAACAGAUUCGAUGGGCCUCACAGCAAUGCUCACCCCUUAUCUACUUGUCGUAGUCUCCACCACUCCAGUUGCACAAACCCAACACAAAUCAGCCAGGCCAAAGGAUGUAGCACCACAUAGUGCUAUGACGGGGUGUUUAGCAUGGUUCCCUGCCGUCAAGUUAAAGGUACCAGAUCCCAAUACUGGAAGCACCAUGUCUAAAGUCAAACUUGUCUACUGCUGGUCGAACGUGCUCACCGUCUUAGACGUAGAUGAGAUGGAAUCGGAUGACAAAGAUAAGCCGCCGCCACUGAAGUUCAAGGCACGCAGUAGAUGGAAGUGUGAAGAAGCAAUUGUUGCGGUUCAAUGGCUCAGUCGCUCAGUACUUACAGUGUUGACCAUUACUCAAAGACUUAUUGUCCUCGAAGACCGCUCCAUGAGGAUGACGGAGGCAUUUGAUCUCAUCCACAAGUACAUCUAUCAUGCUGACCUCUUCUCCUCUCAACUACACAAUCUCGUUGAGCAACUCGAUGAGGACGAUACGUCAAUGCAUGGCGUUGUCGCGGAUGCCUUUUAUAUGAGUUUGAAGGCGUAUAAGGGCCGCAUCUUUCUAUUAGGCUUCAACGACGUGUCUAUCGGCGCUUUAUCGAACUGGGCGGAUCGACUCAUAGCGUUGAUGGAGAACGGUGAUUAUAUCGGCGCAAUACAACUCGCGACAUCAUACUAUACGGGCGAUGCUAACAAGUUGACUGUUGGAUUACCCGAAGACGCCACCCUGAGGCACCGUAUGGUACAUGACAAAGUGAUGGAGAUAAUGAGUGCAUCACUUAAAUAUGCCUUUGGACAGCGGCAAAAGAAUAAGGCCUCGGUAGACGAUCAGCAUCUGAGACAUCUUGCCGAGACUUGUUUUGUUGCCUGCCAAAGCGUUGGCGAUCUUGACUUCCUUUUCGAUGAGAUGUACGAAUGGUACGAAGAUGCUAAUGUCGAGGGCAUCUUCCUAGAGGUACUAGAACCAUACAUUCUUGAAAAGACUAUUUCCACUGUGCCGCCAACCGCUGUCAAAGCAAUGGUCCAUCACUAUGUUAGCAAGAGCUGGGAGAGCCGGUUAGAAGAGAUGAUCUGCCACAUGGAAACGACCACUCUCGACAUCGACCAAACAACCUCUCUUUGUAAGCAGCAUGGCCUCUACGAUGCGCUUAUAUAUAUUUGGAAUCAGGCAUUGCAUGAUUACAUCACACCUCUAAUCGACCUUCUCACCCUCUUAAUACCACUGGUACAGAAUGCCGAGUAUUCGAACUCCGGACAAUUGAUGGAAGACGAGAUAUUCGGGGUCAAUGCACUUAAGAUGUUCCCAUAUCUGUCAUAUACAUUGACUGGGAGGAUAUAUCCCACAGGCGAACGGAUGGAAACCGGAGUGGCCUCGCAAGCCAAGGCUGAACUGUAUUGGUUCCUCUUUUCCGGGAAGAGUAUCGCCUGGCCGAAAGGGAACACCAAGACCUUCCUUACUCGUCCAGCGCAAUCCGUGGAACCAUCAUUUCCAUACCUCAGGAUGAUAUUGCAAUACGAUGCGCCAAGUUUCUUGAGUGCGUUGAACGAAGCGUUCGAGGAUUCAUUCUUGAAUGAUUCUCAGGAGAAACACCUCAACGGUGGUACAGGGAAAGAUCUUCCGGAAGAACAGAUAUUUGGUUUAACAGUCGAUCGCCAAUAUGUCGUGUCCAUCUUGCUGGAGAUCAUGAACCCCAAUGAUUUCGCGCCGGAAGACACCAUCUAUCUAGACAUGUUCAUCGCACGAAACAUCCCCAAGUUCCCCCAGUACCUCCUUAUACCAGGUUCCACUCUCGAUAAGGUAUUGGCUGGACUGUGCAAUUAUCCGGGGGCCGACUUAGCAGAAGACGCCCAACUGAGUGCUGAGUACCUGCUUUCGAUUUAUCAACCGCCAGACGUAUCCCUGUUGAUUCCUUUAUUUAAGAAAGCUGGGUUCUACCGCAUCUUAAAACGGAUAUACAGAAAUGACAAGCAGUACGGGAAAUUGCUAGAGACAUAUUUUGAGGAUCCAGAAGACCAAGCAGAGGUUUUCGGAUGUAUUGCUGAGUGUCUACGAUCACAAGCCAGUCUACCGAAGAGGCAAAUCCAAGAUAUUCAUGAUGUUAUCAAAAGAUACUCACAAGAAUUAGUGGAGAUCGACCCAGUUCAAGCAGCUCUGUCGGUAGCUAGGUAUGCUCCCGACUUGCACGGCUCGGUUCUAGAUUCGCUUGAUGAGGGUUCCGAAAUACAAUACGCUUAUCUCCAAGCUCUUCUCGAGCCCGAUUCUGAAACUUUGGAGAAGUCGACGACCACUUAUGACCGGAAAUUCAUUGAACAAUAUGUACAGCUCAUGUGCCGAUACGAUCCUUCACAUGUCUCCGACUAUGUUGGCAUGGUACAGGCUACGAAUUUGCGGCUCGACAGGCUAUUGCCAACCAUGGAAGACACGGGGGUUAUUGACGCUGCCGUUAUUCUCAUGGCACGCGAAGGGCAAGUACAAGAUGCUAUGGGUCGUUUGACUAGGCAUCUAGAGACGCUAGAGUCAGCGCUUCAAGGCCUAGUUGCAGAUGCAGACGACCAUGCCGAAGACCUAGAUGUACAUGAGACUGCUGAAGAUAUUCUCAGGGGAUUACAAAAGUACACACACGUGGGUAUUUGGCUAUGCCAAGGGCAGAUGAAAACGACCAAAAAGCUCAAUGCGGUUGGCCGACGAAAUUCACCCUCGCCCAGUGAACUUUCUCCCGACGAGGCAUUAUGGCUGGAAUUGAUAGACACGACGGUUCAGAUCACACGCCGCCUGUCGUCCGUUGUUGCACCAUCUAACCCAGGUAGAGUGUCGAGCACGGCUUCGCCAACACCACUUCUUGAUAGUGACAAACUAGUGGCACUCUUACGCUCACUCGUGCAGCAUACCUUCACGGCACUUAUGACGGCAACGUCUACUCAAGGUCCGGCCCAGUCUGCAAAUCGAUUGGUCACCAGUUCAGGGAACAGCCUCACAUUUCUUCGGAUCCUCCGAGCCUUUCUGACUCGUGCCGCGACUACAUCUCCGAACCUCGCCGACCUACGAGCUGUCUUGACCUCCAUCUUCUCAGCGUACGCUUACGAGGAGUCGAUAUUACAGCUUUCCAACCGAUUACUUGAGCAGCAAUUAUUCAUCAAUGUUAAGGAGGCCACGAAUAUCCGGCAACGCGGGUGGCGACCUCGGGGUUCAACGUGCGAAGGUUGUGGAAAGCGGGUUUGGGGACCGGGCGUGGCUGGCAAUGUUUUCGAGGCGUGGGAAGAGAAACAGGCUAUGGAGAAAAAGCGACGAGAAGAGAAGAAGGCUGCCCUAGCGAGUCGAGCUCUCGAGCGUGGUAAGGGUAAGGCAGAAAUCCCGCAGAGAGAGAUGGAGAGCUAUGCAGAUAAAGGGAAGGGCAAAAGCACGGAUGCAAGCGAUGGGCCAGGUCUACCAACAGAACAGGAUGCGAACGGCAAACAAAAUGUCCAAGGUUCAGCCAACGAAACCAAUGGAGACACGUACGCUCGCGGAAAAGAUCAACCACCUCUUGGACCACUUGUUGUUUUGGCAUGCAGGCACAUAUAUCACAAAGCCUGCUUGGACGCGCUGCAGACGAAGCAGGGACCUCACGGCCAUAGAGAAGUGGACGAGUUUGGCCGUGAGGCAGUGUACACAUGCCCCGUCGAUGGUUAG